GCUCAUCCAUAAACUCCCUCUUUUUCUUGAUUGCCUCUAAAAAUAUCUUCUUACUUUUCUAUAGUUUUAAGGCAAAUACCAAAGAAAAAAUAAAAUGAAGGAAGAUAUAGAGCAAAGUGAGAAUAGAGUAAAUGAAGAAAUAAGAACUCCUCUUAUAAUUCAAACAAAUAAAAGUUUAAAAGAAGAAAAGGUUGAAAAUGGAUGUUAUGAGAAGAAACAAGAUAGGUGCAUGGUUUACCUUAGCACAUUUGUGGCUGUUUGUGGUUCAUUUGCAUUUGGAUCUUGUGCUGGAUAUUCAUCACCAAUACAAUCCGCCAUCAGAGAGGAUCUUAACUUAUCUAUAGCAGAGUUCUCACUCUUUGGUUCAAUAUUGACAUUUGGUGCAAUGAUUGGAGCAAUCACAAGUGGUCCAAUCGCUGAUUAUAUUGGUCGUAAAGGGGCAAUGAGAAUGUCAAGUGGUUUCUGUGUUGCUGGAUGGUUAGCUAUUUACUUUGCUCAGGGAGCACUUGCUCUGGACAUUGGAAGAUUGGCAACAGGAUAUGGAAUGGGAGUUUUCUCUUAUGUGGUGCCGGUAUUUAUUGCUGAAAUUGCACCUAAAGAUUUACGAGGAGCUUUGACAACCAUAAACCAGCUGAUGAUAUGUUGUGGAGUCUCAGUUUCCUUCAUUAUAGGAACUAUGAUGACAUGGAGAACGUUGGCGUUAACAGGAUUGAUUCCAUGUGCUAUUCUCAUUUUCGGUCUCUUUAUCAUUCCAGAGUCGCCUAGGUGGUUGGCAAAAAUAGGGCAUCAAAAGGAGUUUGAACUUGCACUCAGUAAACUUCGAGGCAAAGAUGCUGAUAUAUCUGAGGAGGCAGCUGAAAUCAAGGAUUAUAUAGAAACACUUGAAAAGCUUCCGAAAGUCAACUUGUUUGAUUUGUUUCAAAGAAGAUACUCGAGCUCACUCAUAGUGGGAGUUGGACUUAUGGUGUUUCAACAGUUUGGUGGAAUCAAUGGAAUCUGUUUCUACACCGGUAGCAUAUUUGAGUCCUCAGGGUUCCCCUCUGACAUCGGAACUAUAAUCUAUGCAAUUAUUCAGGUUCCCAUCACCGCGUUGGGUGCAGCCUUAAUUGACAGAGCUGGAAGAAAACCUCUUUUAUUGGUUUCAGGAACAGGACUUGUCAUAGGCUGUGUACUAACAGGAGUCUCAUUCUAUCUAAAGGGACAUGACAUUGCAAUAAAGGUAGCACCGAUACUUGCUGUAACAGGCAUACUGGUCUAUAUCGGUUCCUUUUCAGUAGGAAUGGGAGCAGUUCCUUGGGUUGUGAUGUCAGAGAUAUAUCCUAUAAAUAUUAAAGGUGCUGCUGGGAGCCUUGCAACAUUAGUGAAUUGGUUUGGAGCAUGGGCGUGCUCCUACACUUUCAACUUCCUCAUGACCUGGAAUUCUUUUGGUACUUUCAUUCUGUAUGCUGCAGUGAAUGCACUUUCCAUUUUAUUUGUGAUAAAGAUAGUACCUGAAACCAAAGGAAGAACUUUGGAACAAAUCCAGGCUGCUAUUAAUGCAUCAUAAAAUUACC